AAAUGAAGAGCCAAUUCCUCUUUUAAAUAAUAUCUACUCUAUUUAAUGGUUCCUGAAAAAUUUUGCAUGAACAAUGCACCAUUCACUUAUCAUCAUUUAUAUAAGUAUAAUACAAGAGGACUGUAUUCUUUUUGUCAAUUACCACCGCCAUUCCUGUCUUGCCGAGUUCUGUCAGUGGAGGAGAAGAUGUCCGACAAACACGUAGUCAUAGUUGGCGCUGGCCCGGUUGGCGUGUUCAAUGCCAUUUUAUUAGCAAAACGAAAUUUUAAAGUGAGUGUAUACGAGAAAAGACAAGACAUAAGAAGGGUACCACCAAUCAAGGACCGGAGAACAGUAAAUUUGGCCCUGUCAUGUCGAGGAAUGGAUGCACUCCGCCAUGUCGGGUUAGAGAGGGAGAUAACCCCUUACCAGGUACCCAUGUUUUCCAGGAUGGUUCACAAAGUAGAUGGAACACUGCACCCCCUCAAUUACGGCAGGAAGGAACAGUCUAUUCUGUCGACACAAAGAAAUAAGCUGAACGAGAUUCUCCUAGAUGCUGCAGAGAAGUUCCCAAAUGUCACGUGCUAUUUUGAACACAUCCUGACAGGUUGCAAUUUACAGCAAGGAGAUUUGGAAUUUCUACACAAUGAAAAGAAGAUACAUGUACAUGCAGACUUGAUUUUGGGAAAUGACGGGGCACAUUCAACAAUACGAAGGCAUAUGAUGGAGUCGACAUUGAUGGAUAUUCACCAAUAUUAUGUACCUUACGGAUAUAUUGAAUUAGAGGUGGCCAGAACUAAAGACAACAAUUUUGCUAUGGACUCUAACUACCUCCAUUUAUGGCCUCGGGACGAGUUUCUGAUGUUGUGCACAGCAAACUGGGACAGAACAUUUAACAUCGUGUUAUUUAUGACAUUCAAUACUUUUGCAAACCUUAAGACAGAAAUAGACGUCGUCCAGUUCUUCAAGCAGCACUUUCCCGAUGCCCUUCCUCUUGUUGGGGAACAAAAUCUGAGGAAAUCUUUUUCUUCCUGGAGACCUUGUCCGAUGAUUACAAUUAAGUGUUUACCCUAUCAUGUAGGGGACAAAGCCUUAAUAAUGGGAGAUGCUGCACACGCUAUGCUUCCUUUUCUUGCUCAGGGAGUGAACUCAGGUUUUGAGGACUGUAUGAUUCUCAACGACAUUUUAGAUCAACACAAAGAUAACUUCGCCACUGCUCUACCAGAGUAUACCAAACGAAGAUAUAAAGACGCCCACGCUGUGUGUGACCUGACUAUUUAUAACUUCCUGGAGAUGAGGAGUCUGGUAAACAAAAGAAGUUUCCGUAUAAGGAAAAAGCUUGACAAUGUCAUGCAUACUAUUUUGCCGAAUACAUGGAUUCCAUUAUAUUCAAUGGUUGCUUUCACAAAUACCGGAUACCACUUAUGUAAGGAAAGAAGAAAACAACAAGAUUGGAUUCUAAAUUGCAUAUUGUUUUUCUCCAUGGUACUAAUUAUUGGACUUUUUCUUUUGAUGGCAUACCAUUUGUUCGACAGUCAACACUUGGCAUAUUAGCUGUGGAAAUUGAUUUGCGGAGUUGCAGACAUAUUUGUUUCAAAAAGUGGAGAGUUAUAAAGAACAGUCAAAGGACUCAUUCUUUCUUCUUCUUUUUUUCGUUUUAACAUCAUCAAUUCUUAUUAUCAUAUCUAUAUUGGAUUCCAAAACAGUCAUAAAAAAAAGUCUUACAAAUAUA